UGGCUGUUGUGAGAAGGGAAGAUGAGCAAAUCGCAUGAGCACAACCACACAUUUUCACCGCAAAUUCUGUAGACGGCGGUCGAACAUAGACACAAACUUCUCCAUCUCCUCGUCACUGCAGCAAAAGUGAUGUAAACAGUAAACCACUCGCCCCAUCUGGAAAUACCCGUGUUGCUCUUCCCAAAUACGCCACAAACUUUGAAACUCUGCAUUUCAUCUCAAAAAGGUACCAUGGCGGUUCUCAGCUCUGCAGAGGAACAUUUACCACAAGAGUGGCAUCUGAAGGGAUUUCGAAAGGGGAAAAUGGAUGGGCUUCCCAAGGUGGUCUGUGUCACCAAUGGCACUUCCUAUCUGGGCCUCUGGAUUGCCAUCAAUUUGCUGCGCCGAGGAUACAUGGUGCGCCUCACAGUAGACACUACAGAGGAGCUGGAAAAAUUGAUGGAGAUGGAGGAAUUUGCAAGAUAUAGGAACAGUGUGGUGGGAGUAGUGGGUAAUAUAACUGCUGAAGAUCCUGAUUCACUCUCAGAGAAGUUUGAUGGGUGUUAUGGAGUGUUUCAUACAUCUUCUUUUAUUGAUCCUCUCAGCGUCUCUGGAUUCACGGAGCAUAUGGUGAAUUUAGAAGUGCAAGGAGCAGAGAAGGUGGUGGAAGCCUGUUCUCUAGCAUCUUCAGUAAGAAGACUGGUAUUCACAUCUUCCCUGGCUGCCUGCAUCUGGCACAGUCGAGUAAUUGAAUCAGACAUUAGAGUGGAUGAGAAAUGCUGGAGUGAUCCAAGUCUUUGCAGGGAAAGAAAGUUAUGGUUCGCCCAGGCAAAAACAAUGGCAGAGAAAGCAGCCUGGAGAGUGGCAAGAGAAAGAGGAGGUCUAGUCAUGGUGUCCAUGUGCCCUGCCUUCCUCACUGGCCCUGCCUUUUCUUCUUCCAAUUCCACAUCUUCCAUAGCCUACUUCAAAGGUGCAAAAGAAAUGUUUGAGAAGAAAGUUUUGGCAACAGUGGAUGUGCAAAAAGCAGCAGAGGCCCAUGUCUGUGUAUACCAGGAGAUGGGUGAAGGAGGAGCAAGUGGAAGAUACAUUUGCUUUGAUAAACUCAUCAAGACUCCAACAGAUGCUCUGCAUUUGGAGGAGAAACUGAAAUUCAAUAUGGGUUUUUCUCAAGGAUUCGAAGAUAAUGAUUCUAUUGAAAAUGGCAGAUUUGUGAUAGGUACAGACAGGGUGGUGAAUGCAAAGCUUGGAAGAGUAAUGGCCAAAUGGUGUCUACAGUCAAAUUCAGCAUUGGGAAUCAUGUAAAGUCUUAGUUUGCGUCAUACUCUGUCAUUUUCGUAGCAUUAAUGUACUUUCUUUUUUCAAGUAUUGCGGAUGGUGUGCAUUCAUUCAAAUUGCGUUCAAUCAAACUAUAGGAAGAGUAAUGUAUACAUUGCAUUUAAUA